AUGAGCAAAUACCAGCCACCGACAAAGAAAAAAGUAACUAAACAAACUGUUCCUCAGCAAUCCAAGAAGCAAGAAUAAUAACAGGAAUAAUUAUAUAUAGAGACUAUACUCGAUCCAACAUAAGAAUCAAUAAUUAGUUUAAUCCAAGAGUAUCUAGUUAGAUACUAAUUGCUUAACACUUUGGAUACAUUAUCAAAAGAAUUAGCUUCAGGAUAAAUGGGAGCUGAGACCUAUCAUUUGGAUUCCGAACUACUUGAAGUAUGUUACAUUUCAAAUUAAUUAGUAUUUUGAUAAAGGAUAAUAUGAAAUGUUUUUCAUGUUAUGGAACAAAUAUCUUCCUUAUAAUCUAAGAAUGAAGGACGAUGACGCUAAGAAAUUAGAGUUUUACAUCUAAAUCUAUUUCUUAAUCUAUGAAAUACAUCCUAAAACUGGUAAAAAAGGAGGCGUAAUUAGCAAGGCCGCACUUCAUUACUUUAAGACAUACCUCGAUACUAAAGGCUAAGAGUAUGAAAUUCUUGUUUAAUUUAGGCUAUCCAAAACCACAGAAUUUCUUCCAUAUUAUGCUCUUCCAUAUGUACAAAGGCCACAAGAACACUAAACUUAUAAACAUUUGUUUUAAAAUCAAUGGAUUCUGGAGACCAAAGGGAAACUUGUUAGAUUGACACACGAAUUAUUAAAUAGAGAAUAAUUAACAGUAAUGGAACAGAUGUAUCAAAACUUUACAGAUGAACCCAAGAAAGUGGUACUAUAUUAGAUCUUAUGAUAGAAUUUAACAUCAUCUAAUUAAAAUUACACAACAAAUUUGGGGAUGAACAAUCAAGAAUUGUUGGCUGUUAUAUAGGAUUAUAAUUUGAAAUAUAAUUAAAUGUAAAAGAAAUUUAGAGAUUAUAUUGAAUAAAGCAAGUAAACUAUGAUAGAGGCUCAAUAAAAAUGGUUUCAAUUAAACAAGGAGGUUACUGAUAUUGCUAAUUAAUUAAAUAAAAUGCUAGAAGACAGUAGAAAAGGAAAUCAAGUUCCAUAAAAUCAAUUGGAUGAACAAUUAAAGAAAUUAGCUAAAUUAUCUCAAUUUUUCAGUACAUCAGUGGAGGAGAUAAUUAGUUAGAGUUAAGAUAUCUCUAUGUAUGAUAAAGUAAGCAUCUUUGAAAAUGAUUUGAGCAUAAGUCCCAUACCACAACACUCCUAAUAAUUACACUUUAAUUUUAACUAACCAUAAAUACCUUAUGUGUAAUUAAAUUAUUCAAAAAUCAAGUCAGUCUUCUAAGAUAGUUCAAGCGACCCUGGAUUUAUCUGUAGAAUUUUAUAAGCCUUAAGAUUUAGAAUUACAACAGCAAAAGGAGCUAGAGUUAGAAGAGAAAUCUUAAUUUAAUAUGCUUAAUUCGAUAUUUUGGGCUGCACUCCUGGUAAUACAGCAGUGUUGCAAAGGUUGUUAGUUGAUGCUCCUAAUUCCGUUAAGGAAUAUACAUUACGUUUAACUAAUGCGAUGGCGAGUGACUAUUAAGGAAGAAGCUAUUUGAUGGCAUCAUUUACUCUAAUCAAAACCUUGAUUGACAUAUUAAAAAAAGAGAAGGAUGACUCAUUAGUCAGAAGAAAUGCGUUGGGAGCUCUUCAAAAACUAUCUUUAAGAAGAAGGCCUUAAGUUGUUAUGAUAGAAAAUGAUGUAAUAAAAUGGAUAGUGAAAACUUUGGAAAAUGAAAAGGAGUCCUUAAGUGAAUACUCAUAUGAAUAUGCAACAGCAUUAUUUAUGAAUCUCAGUAUGAGAGAUUAGGGGAAACAGAAAUGUGUAGAAUUUAAGAGAGAUGUUCUUAAAGUAUUGAAUGAACUAUUAGAACAUGACAAUAUGUAAGUAAGAACAUUUGUAAAUGGUACUUUAUACUCUUUGUUUUCCAUUUCUUAAAUGAGAGAACAGGCACAAGCAUUGGGAAUGAAAGAACGAUUGGUUCUGUUGAUGUAAAAUUCUGAUGACCGAUUCAUUAAAUAGAUUUAAUAUAUUUUAGAAUAAAUUAACAAAAUUGGUCCAGAUGAAUUAGAACCAGAUGAAGAUAAUGAUGUAGAUGACAUAGAUGAUAUCGAUGAUAGUGAAGACACAAUAGAGGAAGAAGAUGCUGAAGAUGCUUUAAAGGCUAAGGAUGGAGAAUUGGUUGGAGAAGAACUACUUAAUGCUCAUUUUAGUUUAUCCCACUAAGAGGCAAUUUAAGUUUAUAUUUAUUAAUAUUCGCAUAGUAAAAUACAAUGACCAGAUCCAUUAUUAUGCAGGAAAACUAAAAUAAAAAAGCUAUGACACCAAAGAGUUCCUAAUAAUAACCUUUUAGACCAACCACUCCUGUCAUUUCCGCAAGUUAAUUACAAAAAUCCUAAUUGCCAUCUGAAAUGAAGCCUCGACCCAAACUCGCCAGAACACCAGUCGGAUAGGAUAGACCUACAGUUAAUUUUGAACAGUCUGAAUAGCAAUUCUAGUAAUAAUAAUAAAGUAUGAAAUCUUCUUAACAAAACAAUAAUUCUCAGCAAAGAUAACCAAUACCAGAGAUUAAGCCAGCAAUUGAAGCACCAUUAGAAUAACCGAGCUACGAAAGAAAUGAUGAAGUAAUUCUUAUUAAUAUGGAUAGUAUAAAAAUGCAUUUUAACAUAAACCUAAAAUCCCCAGAACACCACCCUAAAAAUGAUAUAUUAUGUUAAUAUAUAAAAUGUUUAUAAAGUCAGAAUAGC